AUGUAUAAAGAUAGGCAAGAGAGACAUUUACAAUUUCUAUGUUGGAUACUUGUUACGAUACCAGUAGUUUCAGCCGGAAUCGCUUGCCUUGCCAAUCCUUGCCUGCACGGCAUUUGCAUCGAUGAUGUGAACAGCACGUAUGCCUGUUAUUGCACCGAUGGAUACACCGGAAUUCAAUGUCAAACGAACUGGGACGAAUGUUGGUCGAACCCAUGCCAGAACGGUGGCAUGUGCAUUGAUGGUGUUGCUACUUAUAAUUGUUCUUGCCCAGAUGGAUUUACAGGAGAUAAUUGUGAAACUAACUUCAACGAGUGCGAAUCCAACCCGUGUCGAAACAACGGCACAUGUAUCGACAUGACAAACGAAUAUAUAUGUCAUUGUAUACCCGGGUUCUCUGGUGAGCAUUGUGAGCUGGAUGUCGCCGUUUGUAACUCAACCGAAGAAGAGAGGUGUUACAAUGGCGGAGAAUGUAUAGAAGGACCUGGCUUUAAAUUUUAUUGCAAAUGUUCAGCAGGUUGGGCGGGUUUAAAAUGCGAGGAGCAAAUUGAUGAAUGCCAAUCAGAUCCGUGUAAAAAUGGUGGCAUAUGUAUCGACGUGCACGCUGAUUACAUGUGUGCAUGUGCUUAUGGAUUCACAGGCAAGGAGUGUGAAGUUCAGAUUGAGUUUUGCGACGAAGACUCUUGUAGUAAUAACGCUCUCUGUGUGGUAGAAGAUGGUGUCAGAAUUUGCUAUUGCGUUCCUGACUAUCACGGUGAAAGAUGCGAACUGCAAUAUGACGAGUGUCUCUUAGGACCUAGAUGCAUGAAUGGAGGAACUUGUAUUGAUGGUGUCGAUAAUUUUACAUGCUCAUGUCCACCGAGGCUUACUGGAGCUUUAUGCGAGUGUUUUAUACUUGAUGAUGAGAGUUACGAUUGCGAGUACGUCAGCCCAACUUUAAACCCAGCUUAUAAUGAAACUAAUAUUUUUAAAACAACAUAUUCUGAGUCAACAUCUGUAGAUAGUAUAACGACAAUUGAUUUUACUAAAUACAACAUGAGUAUAGACACUGGUGUCACAGCAGAAGUUAACCCAGAAACUUCUACUUGGAAGAGUUCCAGUGAACCGCUAACUAUGAUUACUUCUGUUGCUAUAACAACAGAAAUGCCUUCAACAAAUACGGAAAUAAGUACAACGACAAAUAUAUCUAAAAUCGAUGAACCAGAUUUAACUACGACAAUGACUGACACAGUAUUAACAGAAUCUACUACAGUUAAAACCGAGUCAACAACAGAAGCCAUAACUUCAUUAAUGACACAAGAGACUUUAGAAAGUGACAAUAAUAAAAUUGAAACUACAACAGAAUGUAUCGACUCUUGUAUAAAAUAUAACGCAUCCACAAUAAACUUACCGCCUGAGUUAACAACAGUUUCGUCCACUGAAACAAGUUCACCAUUAUUAACAACUAAACAAACAACUGAAAUCACACUGACUAUUGAAGAAACGACUUCAACAACAAUAACUAGAACAGCUGAAGAUACAACGGAAACAGAAACGACAAGAACAUUAAUUACAGAAAAAACAACAAAGCUGGAGUUGGAUACUAUGACCACUAGCCCUCAACUUGAUUCAUACACUGACAAAAUGUUUACAGAUACACCCAUAGAUAUCACUGAUUAUUCCACAUCUACUUCUUCUUCGACUGAAGCAAUGGAAUCUAGUACUGAACUAGAUACUACACUAUCAUACCCCACUAGUCACUCAGAAUGUACGGAUUUUCUCUGCAAUAAUCAUGGAACUUGUAUUAACGGACUACAUGGUAGUAGAUGUCACUGUCUCUUUAAUUUCGGCGGAAGAUUUUGCGAAGAAGAAAUUAUCAUAACAUCAGCCGCAUUCGAUGGAAAUUCAUUCAUAUCUCAUCAAGUCAGAAACUCAACUUCAAUAGCAAUACAAUUUAAUGCAAAAACUCUCAUAACCGAUGGACAAAUAAUGCAUGUGGAUAUAGUCAAAGGGUCAUAUAUGAAACUUUAUAUGAACUUUGGCUUAUUGAAAUUUGAGUUUUCCUGUGGUUAUCAGACAAUGUUGCUAAGUGAACUAAAAACUUACGUUAAUAAAGGAUAUCUUAUGAAAAUUGAAACGAGGUUGGAUCUAUAUUUAAAAGAAAACCAUUGCAACGGUACUCUUCGACUUAAUGAUACCGUGGCUAUGAGCGGAGGACAAGUCGCUAGCCUAACCUCUCUCGAUAAAAAUACCAUUAUAUUCUUAGGAAAUGUUCCAUACACCAAUCAUUCUGAUAACAAACCAUUUGUCGGAUGUAUAAAGGACUUGAUUGUAAAUGGGGAAAAACGCGAUAUAUUUAGAGACGCUUUCGAUGCGGCUGCAGUUACAGAAUGUUCUUCUUUAUCCUGUUUAUCUUCACCGUGUCUGAACGGAGGCAGUUGUAGUGAUCGAGGUGAUAGCUAUACUUGUUCCUGCGCUAAUGGCUGGAUGGGAAACCAUUGCAACCAAUCUGUUUGCGACCACAAUCCUUGUCAGUCCGGAGGCAGCUGUGUUUCUCACCCAGGAAGUGGAUUCUUGUGUCUUUGUCCUUACGGCAAACAUGGAAUAUUUUGCGAGUAUAAUGUUGAAAUAUCUCGUCCGUCAUUAUCGCCUAUUUCAACUGGCGUUUCUGCAUACGUGAUCUAUCCUCUGUCUUCUACUGCCAUGAAUUCAGAUCGUUUCGACCUGCGCCUGCGCUUUCAAACAGCGGAUAUGGAUCAGAUCGCUUUGUUAGCGUAUGUCGGACAAAGUGGACGACAUGAUUCUAAGAGUCAACAUAUAGCUUUGACUUUCGUGAAGGGCUAUAUUAUGUUAACUUGGAAUAUGGGAAGUGGUCCGCGGCGCCUGUUCACGGCCGGCGCGCUGGCGGCGCGGCGCGGCGGCCACGUGGUGCGCGCGUGGCGUCGCGGCCGCAGCGCCGGCCUCGUCGUGGACGGGCGGCUCAAUGUCACCGGGAACGCUCCCGCCGGCCGCUCCAACAUGACGCUCCUGCCUUAUAUCUAUAUCGGCGGUCACCCAUCCAAGGAUUUCCGCGAUCUACCCCAUGAUAUACCGCUGCAUAGCGGCUGGCGCGGCUGCGUGUGGGAAGUGGCAGGCCAGGCGGUCGGUGCGGGUGCAGUGGGGGGGCGCGGCGUGGGGCAGUGCGGAGUCGCGCAGUGCACCGCCAAGUCCUGCAAUGCUCCACGAGGAGUGUGUAUACAUUCACCAGCUACUUAUGGUUGUAUAUGCAACGAAGGUUGGUUCGGUGCGACGUGUGCCACUGUGCAAAGUCCUUGUGAUAGUUCACGAUCGCAGUGCAAAGGAGCCUGCGUCCUAACGAUUGAUGACGCGCAGUGUGACUGUCCUUAUGGCAAAACUGGAAUCAAUUGUGAUCAAGAUUUAGUUCCAAUAGACAUGUUAUUCACCGGUACAAGAUCUUACCUAACACUCCACCCGCGGUCGAUAUCUAGCGUCAGCUUGUCCCUGGAAGCGGAAAUCAAACCAAUGAAUGAACGAGGACUUGUGAUAUUUGUAAGGACUCCUCAUUUCUACACGGCUCUUUCACUCCAAGGUGGUUUGUUGGAGUAUCGAUGGACAGAUAACCUCUCCGGCCUGACGUCGCUAGUUCGAUCAGGGGUGGUAGUGUCAAUGUCUCAAUGGCACAGUGUGAAGGCUGGUCGUUAUGGUAACAGGCUGUAUGUGUGGGUCGACGGAGCACUGAGCACUGAGCCGAUGUUAGCCCAUGCCUAUCCUCACACGGCCAGCGAUGCAUCUAUUUUUAUAGGUGGAGCAAAAGACUUAUCGACUCUUCCUUUUGACGUGAUGUCUGGACCACCAGAAUCAUAUCGUGGGUGUCUCAGAAAUUUUCAAGUUAAUAAUAUAUUGCUGCCACUUGAACAACAGAAUAUUAAAGAGGGUCAGAAUAUAGGCGCUUGUGAGGGUGCUACUUGUAGUGGUACAAGUAUGGGUAACUUGAGGUGUCGUCGUGCCGCGUGUCGUCCAAACCAGUGCGGAAUGGGACGCUGCUAUAAGGGACGUUGUCUCUGUCCCGCCGGGCAAACUGGGUUACGAUGUGAGAAACAUAUAAACGUGACAAUCCCGCAAUUCGACGGAGAAGCCUUAUUGUCUGUAUCGCGUGCGCCGUCCGCACGUUCCGGACAACGCCUCAGCUCAACCGUUUAUACGCCUUCCCGCGUUUCACUGAAUUUCACAACCGCUGAACCUAACGGUCUUCUCAUAUGGAUUAAUAUGGGAACCGAUUAUUUAGGCUUAGGUCUAGAAAACGGAUACAUUAAGCUGACGUGGUCCUUACAUUGUAAUAACUCGUCUAACAAGCAAAAAACUAGAGACUAUUUACCCAUACCACCUAAAUUAAUAUCUAGCCUAGUACAAGCAGGAUUCAUGGCAAAUGGGGAAUGGCACUCGAUAAUGUUAAUAUUUAAAAAGCACAUAACCGUUAGUGUUGAUCAAAAGACUUAUGUAGAGGAACAUUGUUAUAACGCUCAGGAAAAUGAAGAUACUGAUUUGUAUAUAGGUGGUAUAGUCAAUGAACAUGUCGAGGCUAAAAAAGUUUUUCCCUACAACUUCAGAGGCUGUAUUGAUAAAAUUUCUACAAAAGAAGGCACAAUUUUGACCAACUAUGCGGAAGUCUACAGUGAAAACAUACAAUCGUGUCAAUUGUUUCCAUCGACUUAGA